GUCAAAUAUUCGUGUGUUCACGGUUCAUAGUUAGAGGACUGAAGUGCACAAAUUGCUCACUUUCGCACUCCUCAACCUGUAUCGUGUCGACUCCCUUCUCUCUUCUACCAUUUCUAUCAAACCGAGUCCAAUCGGGAAUUUCAUAUUCUAAACAUCACAACUUCCCACCGAAAUGGCUAAGAACCUGCAAGGCCUCUCAGCCAUUGUCACUGGCGGCUCCCGUGGUAUAGGCGCCGGCAUUGCCCUGGAGCUCGCAACCCGCGGCGCCAACGUCCUCAUCACCUACCAGAGCGCCUCGUCGCAAGCCGAAGAAGUCGCAUCCAAGAUCAAAGCCCUAGGCAGCGAAGCAUUGAUCGUGCAGGCCGCUGGCACAGACAAGGAAGCACCCGCUCGGAUUGUGCACGCCGCGGUAGAGAAAUGGUCUCACAUCGACAUCAUCAUCAACAAUGCCGGUGCCGGCGAUGACUGCCUGCUCAAGGAUCUCACGUACGACCUGUGGGACAAGAUCCUCAACACAAACUUACGAAUGGCGACCUUCCUGGUGAAGGAGAGCAUGCCGCAUCUUGGCAAGGCCCCACGCAUCGUGAACAUCUCCUCCGUGAUCGGGCGUAUGGGCGGCUCGUACGCAACGGCGUAUUGUGCGUCAAAAGCGGCCCUUGAAGGAGUUACAAAGGUGUGGGCUGCGGAACUUGGACAGAGUCACAACGCGACAGUGAAUUGCGUGAAUCCUGGGCCGGUGGCUACGGAUAUGUGGUUGCGCGAUACCGAUGCUGCUGUACUGGCGGAAUGGGAUACCAAGAUGAAGGAAACGCCGGCCGCGCCGAGGAUUGGGACCGUGGACGAUAUUGCGAAGAUUGUGGCAUUUUUGGCUAGUGAGGAAAGUAGAUGGAGCACGGGUAGCACUGUCAAUGCUAAUGGGGGCAUGUGCUUUGUGUGAGGUGAAUUGAUGAUGGUAGAUGGUUAAAUACAUGAAAUCGAGUGGUUGCAUUAGGAUACCUACUCCUUAGAUCGCCUCUUGAAAUGAGAGCGUGCGUCGUGUUAUGGCGAAGGAUGAAUGUGCUG